GGGGGGGCAGAGAGAUAGAGAGUGUUGGCUAAUGGGAUUGAGGGAGCAAGUGCGAGGAGUAGAGAGGAACAGACAGAGUGAGAGACAGCGUUGGGGUACACCUGACCUUAAGAAGGGAGGGUAGCUCCUCUGCUAGCCACACACACACACACACUUACAUAUUUACAAACACACACACACACACACACACACACACACACAGAGCCAACAGGCAGAGGCAGUGAGCCACUCAGCAGAGAGCCUGUCGACUAGCAGCCAUGACAGACACCGCUUCUGGUUCAGUGUGCACAUGAUCAGGGGGCCAUAUGUUGGAGUCAACCCCCAGCUUACUCACAGCACAUCCUUUGGAGACUCUCUUAUCGAGGCUCUAAAGGCUAUCAGUGUGAGCACAGAGGUGAUUGAGGAGGAGCUCAAGCCUCAUUUGGACACAGUGCUGGCUGCUCUUUUGGAAAAAAAGAAGGAUGCUGCUGUUGAGAUUGCCAGAAGUGGGAUUCUACCCACACUGGCUCAGGUCUUACGGAGCAAAAGCCCCCUUUCCUGCCAGGUGGCUCUGGUGGUGGCAGAGAUGGCCAGAGAAGCUGCAGUCAGGGAGCCGUGCAUUGAGGCAGGCCUGGUGAAGGUGCUGGUUCCCCAUCUGAACAGCAACAACCAGGAGAUGCUGCUGAACACUGGCAGGGCCAUCGGACGCAUCUGCUUUGACAACUCAUUCCAACAGGACCAGUUGGUCCAGAGUGGUGUAAUCCCCAGACUGGUAUCCAUUAUAAGGGAGUAUCCAGAGAACGACCCCCUGGUCAAUGUCUGCCUGCUGGCCCUCUGUAACCUGGCUGACAUGGACUCUGCGAGGGAUGCCCUGACAGAGCUGGAUGUGGCAGGCGUACUGACGUUUCAGCUGAAACGGGCGCCCGAUGCCGAACGCCGACAUGUCAUCCUGGAAAUACUGGGCUCACUGGGCGAGAGCGAUACACUGAAGCUGCAGUUUGCCGAGUCAGGAGUACCAGAGGCUUUAUCAGAGAUGAUUCGGGCUUUGCAGGGAGGAUCUGACCCCCACGACCUCUGCAGCAUCAAGAUCGCCUCCAACCUCAUAGUGUCCCUGCUUUUAGGAGAUGAGUCAAUGCAGAAGUGUUUUGGUGAGGGUUCCGGUGUGGUGUAUCAGGAUGUUCUGUCCUGGCUGCAGAGCUCCAACACCCAGUUGCAGCUGUCCGGAGCGCUGGCCGUCGCCAACUUCGCCAGGAACGACAGUAACUGUGUGAAGAUGCUGGACCUCGGGGUGGUUCCUCACAUCCUGACCUUGUUGGAGCAGCAUGUCGAGGAAGGAGACGUGUCUGUUCAACAUGCUGGACUGAGCGCGCUCAGAAACCUGGCCAUUCCUGGCACCAACAAAGUGCAGAUGCUGGAGGACGGGGUGACUGAGAGGAUAAAGACCCUGCUGCGCUCUGACAUGCCGCCAGUUCAGUUCAAACUGCUGGGUACGCUACGUAUGAUGGUGGAUGGACAAGAGGAGGCAGCUUUGGUGCUGGGGAGAGACGCUGUGCUGCUGGCUCGGAUCAUGGAAUGGUGUGAAGCCAAAGACCAUGCAGGAGUCCGAGGAGAAGCCAGUCGCCUUUUGGCUGCCCUCAUCAGACACAGCCGCAGCCCUGAAGUGGUCCAUGCUGUAGCCAAAGCAGAUGGGAUUCGGCACCUUGUCUCCAUGGCAACAAGUGAACAUGUCAUCAUGCAGAACGAGGCCCUGGUUGCCCUGGCGAUAGCAUCUGCCAUUGACAUUGAGUCUAUGAAGGAUCCGUUUGGGGAGGCAGAGCUGUUGCCCAUGCUGAAGAAGAUGUUGGAGGAUCCUGCAGGGGCCGUCGAAGUCAAGUUCAGUGCUUUAGGUCUCAUCUGCAGCCUGGCUAACUCCAGUGUGAUGAAGGUGGAGUUAAACUCUGUGAAUAUGAAGGAAAGCCUCAGUAAACUGACAGAUCACAGCAGCAGCAAACUUGCCUCGCAGGCCAGCUCCAUAUUGGCCACUCUCGGUGACACCAGCUAAACCAUCACAGUGCAGCAACAAAGGAUCGCAUCUGCUGCUGAAACCUGGUCGAGAUGACCAAAGACUCCCUCCAUCACCACAGUCUUUACUACAUAACCAACUCAACACUUCCCACUCUGUAAAUCACAGCUGUCAUCCUGAAUAGCAAAGUCGAACAAAACUACGAAUGGAGCCACAUUAACUAGCAAUGAAUUUGCAUGGCCUAUAGGCAUAACACGGACUUAGUUAGUGGUGAAAGAUCAUCAUUUCAGUU